ACUAAUUUUGUGAGCAAAACGCACGUGGAUUGUUUUGUCUUAUUCUAUUCUAAACAAUAAGGAAUUAUAAAAAAUAAUAAAAUAAAUGACUUAUUUUAUUAUGGCUUAUUCAUAAUUAUUGCAACUAAUUACUAUUUUGAUUUUUAUUUACAUAAAGCUACAACGAUGUCAAAGAAAGUGAACCAUUUGGUUGUGGAUACUACUGCUUUUAUAAAAGCGGCCAAUUUACAAAAUAUUGCUGAGUCAAUAUAUACAAUUCAAGAAGUUAUCGAUGAAAUCACGAACGACAGGCAGCGCAGGAAGCUUGUGGUAUUACCAUACGACUUAGAGGUUAAAGAUGUUUUUACUGAAAACAUCAAAUUUAUCACAGAAUUUUCCAAAAAGACUGGUGACUAUACCAGUCUCUCAGCGACCGAUAUCAAAAUCAUGGCUUUAACCUAUCAAUUGGAGAAGGAGAUUUUAGGUACUAGUCAUCUCAAAACUGAACCUACAAUGCAAAAGACUGUCAAGGUAUCGGGACUCUCUAGUUUUAAUUCUAACAAUGAAAAUAAAACAGAAGCUGAAUCCGUAAAUACUGCAGACUUAACAUCAGAUAGUAAUCUAAAUAUCAAUAUUACAAAUAAAGAUGAUGAGAUAUCUAAAAAUAUAGACAAACCGUUUAUUACUAAAGUAGGAAAUGAUGAAACAAAUGAUGAAAAUAUUGAAGAAAACACACUAGAUGAAGCAAUAGCAGAACAAAUCAAAAACAUGGAUUUAAGAGAAGAUAAUGAAGCUGAUGCAUGUAUCGUAAAAGUAUCUGAUAAUGAAGAAACUGAUAGUGAACAAAGUGAAGAAGAAUCCGACAGUGAUGAUGGGGAUUGGAUUACACCAGCAAAUUUAAAAGAGAAGAGAAAGGAAAUGGAAGAAGGAGAAUUUGAGGAUAUAAAUGUUGAAAUUGCUUGCAUUACAUCAGAUUUUGCAAUGCAGAAUGUUUUGAAACAGAUUGGUUUAAAUGUAACAUCAAUUGAUGGUAGGAUUAUUAAGCAACUUAGGACAUUUAUUUUCCGUUGCACCACUUGCUUUAAAACAACUAGUGUUAUGACUAAACUGUUUUGUCCUAAAUGUGGUCAUUCUACACUAAAAAAAGUGGCAGUCAGUGUGGAUGAUGAGGGAAAUCAGCAUAUUCAUAUAAAUGGACGGAAGCCUCUUUCAGCCAAAGGCAAAAAAUUCAGUUUGCCCACACCUAGAGGUGGACAGCACUUUCAAUAUCCAAUACUUACUGAGGAUCAACAUAUCCAGAAGAGAUUUGCAACAAAAUUAGCCCGCAAUAAAACAAAUGCCCUUGAUGCUGAUUAUGUAGCAGGAUUUUCACCCUUUGUCAUGAAAGAUGUUAACUCAAAAUCUGCAGUUUUGGGUGUAAGAGCUGACAAGCAAGAUGUUAAAUAUUGGAUGAAGCAUUACUCAAAGGGAAAGAAAAAAUGAUAAUUAAAAAAUGUAUAAUAUAUAUAUUUAUCAUUACAUACUUAUUUUAUAAGUAGUCUCACUAAGUAUAAAUAU